AUGGUCUUCAAGUCGGCUUUUUUACUACUCUGUUUAGCGGCCGGAUUGCUCCAGGGUGAGCAGGUCCGGUACGACAACUAUCGGGUGUACGAGGUAGCCAUUGCCAACCAGCAGCAGCUGGAGGUAUUCCAGCACUUGGAGCGAUACCCAGAUGGAUAUCUCUUUUGGGAAUCUCCCGUGCAAACGAACAUGAAAGUUAACAUUGUGGUGCCACCUCAUAAGUUUGCCGAGUUUGAAGAGCUAAGUGGUCACCUGGAAGUCGCUAGCCGUCUAAGAAUUCCGAAUCUUCAACAGCUCAUUGAUGAGGAAAGUCCGAAAAAGUCACGACGUGCGUUUGGCUGGGAGGAAUAUCAAACUCUGGAAGAUAUCUAUACCUGGAUCGACGAACAGGUCGCUCAGUAUCCGACCAUUCUGACGGUGGAAACCAUCGGUCGAUCGUACGAGAAUCGUGAAGUGAAAGCGGUCAAGAUGUCGUACAAGUCUGGUAACCCGGGAGUUUUCAUCGAAGCUAACAUUCACGCACGCGAAUGGAUUACGUCCGCCACCGUAACGUGGUUGAUCAACGAGUUCCUUACCUCCACUGACCCCAACGUGCGUGAUCUGGCGGAAAACUACGACUGGUACAUCUUACCGGUGGUGAAUCCCGAUGGUUUCCAUUAUACCAAAACGACCAACCGUUUGUGGCGCAAGAACCGCUACCCACACAGUGUGCUCUGCUACGGAGUGGACAUGAACCGCAACUUCCCCGGUCACUGGAUGGAGGGUGGUGCAUCGGCGAUCCCAUGUUCGGACACUUUCGGUGGACCUGAGGCUGGCUCGGAAAUUGAAACGCAGAAUAUCAUGAACUACUUCAUCAGCGUCAAGGACAACAUCCAUGCCUAUUUGUCGUUCCACUCGUACGGUCAGUACAUCCUCUUCCCAUUUGGUCAUGAAGGAGCGGAGUAUUCCGAGAAUUACUAUGACAUGAUGGAGAUGGGCGAAGCUGCAGCUGUUGCAAUCUAUAACCGAUUCGGUACCCUGUACGAAAUUGGUACUACAUCCGAUGUUUUAUAUAUUGCCUCUGGAUCUUCACCCGACUGGGCCCACGGUACGCACGGUACUCCGGUGGCUGCGACCUUCGAGUUCCGCGAUAAUGGUUACCACGGAUUCAUCCUACCUCCGGAUCAAAUUUUACCAAACGCAAUGGAAGUGCUCGAUGGGUUGGUUGCUUUCUUCCGCAAGGGGAAGGAUAUUGGCUACUUCACCGUCUAAUCGUUCGGGAUCGAUUGUGUUUUAUUAUUAUUUCCACCAUCGUAGCCCACACACCGAGUCAUCAUUGUAAGCGAUAAGAUUAGCGUGAAAAGCUGUUGGCGUGAUACGUAAACAAUAAACAUAGCUCAUUGAUUGUUGCACAAUA